CCUAGUACUUGAAGUUGGGACGAACGGUUGAGAUUCAUUUGAUAGAUUAGAAAGCGCAGUGCUUAAAAGCUCACAGCUGAAGUAGCCCUACGAAGCCUUUUAGCCAUUAGGGUUGAGGAAGAAGAAAGACCCCAGCCAGGAACGAACCUCUCUUUCUUUUCAGACAGACUUGCUGCUAAAUUCGCAUCAUGUCUUGGUGCACAAUUGAAUCCGAUCCAGGUGUUUUUACGGAACUUAUACAGCAGAUGCAAGUUAAAGGCGUACAAGUAGAGGAAUUGUAUUCAUUGGAUCUCGAUUCUCUAAACAAUCUUAGGCCUGUGUAUGGGUUGAUUUUCCUUUUCAAAUGGCACCCAGGGGAAAAGGAUGAACGUCUUGUAAUCAAGGACCCGAACCCUGAUCUGUUCUUUGCUAGUCAGGUCAUCAAUAAUGCUUGUGCUACACAAGCUAUAUUGUCUAUUCUCUUGAACUGCCCUGAUAUUGACAUUGGCCCAGAACUAUCAAAGUUGAAAGAAUUCACUAAAAACUUCCCUCCAGAGCUCAAGGGUCUAGCUAUAAAUAACAGUGAAGCUAUACGUACAGCCCAUAAUAGUUUUGCAAGGCCUGAGCCUUUUGUUCUAGAGGAGCAGAAAGCUGCUGGGAAAGAUGACGAUGUCUACCAUUUCAUAAGCUACAUACCAGUUGAUGGAGUACUUUAUGAACUUGAUGGACUGAAGGAGGGACCCAUUAGCCUUGGUCAAUGUCCUGCUGGUCCAGGUGACAUGGAAUGGUUGAAGUUGGUACAACCAGUAAUCCAAGAACGAAUCGAGAGAUACUCCCAAAGUGAAAUAAGAUUUAACCUCAUGGCAGUUAUCAAGAACAGGAAAGAGUUGUACACUGCUGAACUUAAGGAGCUCCAAAAGAAGAGGGAACGCAUCUUGCAGCAGUUGGCUACCAUACAGUCUGAAAGACCCACAGACAAAACCAGUUUUGAAGCACUAAACAAGCAACUUUCAGAAGUUAAUUCAGGGAUUGAGGGUGCCACUGAGAAAAUUUUGAUGGAGGAGGAGAAAUUCAAGAAGUGGAGAACCGAAAACAUUCGAAGGAAACACAACUACAUACCCUUCUUGUUCAACUUCCUUAAAAUUCUUGCUGAAAAGAAGCAACUGAAACCCCUUAUUGAGAAAGCUAAGCAGAAGAAUAGCAGCUCUAGGUGAAGUGUAUCUUGUUUUGUUUUUAUUUUCUUGGUUGACAAGAUGCUUAGUGCAAAUCCAAAGAAAAAUGGAGUUACGUAAAGGACCCUUUAUGAUCAAAUCAACUUUGCUGUUUCCAAAUGACUUUCUUCUUGGAUUUUGUCAUGGUCUUUUCUUCCAGUCCCAUAUUUGUUGAUGAAAAUACUCUGCUCUUUAGAUAAGCAUCUUCUAUGUUACCCAGACUUGGUUGAGAAUCGGAUAUGGAUUUGUGUCGAAA